AUGGCGGAAACAAAAGCAGAGGAUGACGAUGACGAGAGCUUCGGUGAUUUCACAUUCGCAUCCUUCCCUUCGGAUCCCACCUUCCAUUCCAAGUCCGAUCUAAUCAAAGGCCCAAAAUCCAUUGCCACCGACAACAACGACGAUGACGAAUGGGGUGAUUUCGUCGAACACCCACUUGGAUCCAGUGCCCUCUUCCAAACCCUAUCACGUCUCAACAUCUCUGAACCCUCCAAACCUUUCGACCGUUUUGGGUUUUUCUCAGAUCAGUCCGCAAAACCUUCUCAACCUGUGGAGAGUACUCGCGAUGAGUUAGCGCUGAGUCGAUUUGAAUUGGAGAAGAAGAUUCAGGCUCAGUGGGUAAAGCCUAAAGGAGCUUUGCCAUUAUCAAUUUUCGGGGAUGUUGAAGAAGAGGAAGAGGAGCCAUCCGGUGGGGUUGAUCCCCUGGCUGGUAACGAUAAGGGCUCGUUUAGUGUUGUUGCUAAUGGGAGAAAUGGAUUGAAUGUGAGUACAAGAGCUGGGUUUGAUGAUAUUAUUGCAAAUGUGUACAAUCAGAAUCAGCAGAUCAAGGCUGAAAAUAGGUCAAAUUGCAAUUCAAAUGGCUUGAACUUGAAUCCUAAUAAUGUUCAUGCGAAUACGAAUGGUUCCAUAUUGAAUCUGGCCGGGUUGAAUUCAAUCUCAGAUCCAGUUGGUGGGAAAAAUGAUAUAGAUAUUAUGACAAAUAUGUAUAAGAAUGGUCAGCAGACGAACACUGAAAGUGGGUUUAAUUUGAAUUCGAAUGGGUCAGAUUUGGAUUUGAAUACAUUAAGUUCAGCUGGUAGUGGGUUGAAUUCGGAUAUUAAUGGGUUAAAUUCCAAUUCCAAUGAGCAAAGAUCCAAUGUUGGUGGGUCGAAUUUGGAUUUUAAUGGGUUCAAUAACAAUUUGAAUGCGCAAAGUUCUACUCUUGGUUGGAUGAAUUUGGACUUUAAUGGGUUAGAUUCCUAUUCAGAAGAGCAGGAUUUGGACACAAAUUUGCCGAGCACAAAUGUAAAGGGAUUAAAUUUGGAGUUUAGUGGGCAGCAAUUCAAUUCAGACUCGGGUGGUGGAAAUGAGGAGUUUGAUGCUGUUGAUGAUGGAUGGGAAUUCAAGGCAGCAUAUUCGGAUUCAAAGAAUGGAGAUGAGAAUGCUGAGGGACAUGUGCUGUUCGAACUAACAGAAUUCAGAGGCCAAUUGGAGAUAGGCCAAGAACUGCAGGCCGAUAUUUUUUAA